UCAGCCAUGUGGAGCCAGACGUGGAGUUUUGCUGGAUAGACUUUUUAUUGACUACCAAGCGUCUGACUCCCAAGUUUAACUUUAUUUCUGAGAAGAGAAGCAGCAGGAAUAGAAACUGCCUUCAGGUCUCUGUGGACUGCUCACUGGUGGGAACUUUAGGAACCUUGCAGAGAAUCUGACCCUGCAGAAGAGAAAAUGAGUGACUUUCUGGAUGACGGGUCUUUUAUGUUUACCUCGGAAUCUGUGGGAGAGGGACAUCCAGAUAAGAUUUGUGAUCAGAUCAGUGAUGCGGUGCUGGAUGCACACCUGAAGCAGGAUCCUGAUGCCAAAGUGGCAUGUGAAACGGUGUGUAAGACUGGCAUGGUGUUGCUCUGUGGUGAGAUCACAUCUCGAUCUAACGUGGACUAUCAGAAGGUUGUGAGGGACACCAUCAAGCACAUCGGCUAUGACAACUCCGAAAAGGGUUUUGAUUAUAAGACGUGUAACGUGCUGGUGGCCCUGGAGCAGCAGAGUCCAGACAUUGCUCAGGGCGUCCAUGUGGACCGGCGGGAGGAGGACAUAGGAGCGGGAGACCAGGGUUUGAUGUUUGGCUACGCUACAGAUGAAACAGAAGAGUGCAUGCCUCUCACCAUCGUUUUAGCUCACAAACUCAACUCAAAGAUGGCUGAACUCAGACGCAGCGGCAUCGUCCCGUGGCUGCGUCCCGACUCUAAAACCCAGGUGACGGUACAUUAUGACCAGAAGGAUGGAGCAGUGAUUCCCAAAAGAGUUCAUACCAUCGUUAUAUCUGUCCAGCAUGAUGAUGGCGUCACCCUGGAGGAGCAGCAGAGGAUCCUAAAGGAGAAGGUGAUCAAAGCGGUGGUUCCUGCUAAAUAUCUGGACGAUAAAACCAUCUACCACCUCCAGCCAAGUGGCCGCUUUGUCAUUGGAGGACCUCAGGGUGAUGCUGGAGUUACAGGCAGAAAGAUCAUUGUAGACACUUAUGGAGGUUGGGGAGCUCACGGCGGCGGCGCUUUCUCUGGCAAAGACUUCUCAAAAGUUGAUCGCUCUGCUGCUUACGCCGCUCGCUGGGUGGCCAAGUCUUUGGUCAAAGCCAAAUUGUGCAGGAGAGUUCUGGUUCAGGUGUCCUACGCGAUCGGGGUGGCUCAGCCUCUGUCCAUUUCCUUGUUCACAUAUGGUUCCUCUAAGAAAACCGAGUCGGAACUUCUAAAGAUCGUCAACAAGAACUUCGAUCUGCGUCCAGGAGCCAUUGUCAGGGAUCUUCAGCUGAAGAGGCCAAUUUACCAACAGACAGCUGCUUAUGGUCACUUUGGACGACCAGAGUUUUCCUGGGAGGUGCCCAAAGGCCUUGUUUUCUAAAAACGACUCCACCUGCCAGCAUGAACCAGCUAAGAUGAGCUAAUUUCAUGUUUAACUAAUUCAGACCUAAAUGCAGAUUCCAGAUUUGUUUUUAAAGAGUUUAAAACUGUAUUUUAAAUCCUGUGAGACAUAUUUUUGGGAAGUUAUUCACAUCAUCCCUUAAAAUAUCUCAUUACUUAAAACAUUUUAAAUACAGCAAUGCUUUCAUUGCAUCAGGUCUUAAUGGGUUAAUAUAGAGUGGUAAAGUGGAAUAAAAUGCAAAAAUUAGUGCAGUUUUUUAAGUUAUGAAGAGAUCAUUUGGUUGGUUGAAGCAAGAGGGCAUGCAUUGUGGGGUUCUCAAAUGAGAAAGGAUGAUUAUUUAAUUUUGUUGUUCUUCAGAACAAAAAAUAUUCAGUUAUUGGUGCUUCAAAAUGCAGAAACAUAUAUUUUACGCCACUAGAGUUGGGGUAUUUUACCUCAAAGCUUUUAUUUUAUCAUUUAUGUGGCCAGCAUGAUGCCAGAAAACCUAAAAAUCUUUAUUUUUACAUGCAAGGGCAACUUUUUUAAAUCACAUUAUUGACACAACUGUUCACCAAAGACUUUAUGUGUUUUUGUUUGGUUUGAGUCUUAUCCUGUAAUGUGUGCUGCAGAAAGCUGUCACCAUUAUAUGAGCAAAUGUAAAACGGACACAUUUUCUGCAUCCCUAUUCUUUUUUCCCUCACUCACCCGUAAAUCAUUAACACUUGAUGCAUUCUUCAUGUCAUCAGGUCUUUAAAGGAAAAAUAAUCCCCAAAAAUCUAUUUGGUGUAUUUUUUUUUACUUAUUUUUGUAAAUGUCUCUAAUUUAAUUUCUUUUUUGUUGUGUAGAAUUCAAUUCACAAACAUUCUUUUUGUUUUUUUGCCUAAUUGUUUGGAGCAAAGCAAGUAGAGGACCACAACUGUUGUAAAGAUGCAGGAUUUCCACCCUAUUUUAAGCCUGACCUGAUCUGCUAAACUGCAGAUGUAAUUUUUUUUAUUUCAUACAAACUGUGCCCCUAUGUGUAAUUCAAGUAAACGUUUGGAGGGUGUUAUCUGUGAUUUCUGCUGUUCUAAUGGAUUUGAUUAUGUUUUAAUCAAAAUGUUUAAUUGAAUCAGUUUAAAGCCCUCCAGCAAGGGCGCUGGGUCUUCAUCUGCAGCCGGCAUCAUGUGUGUUAAAAGGGGUUUUCCUCUAUUUAAUAUGUUUUUUGUCUGUGUUCUCCUCUGAGGAUUUUGUUGUCAGAGAAACUGGACAAUGUAAAUACAUUUAACAAUAAAAAUGACAAAAUACGACGAUAGAAAAUGUUUAAAUCUGGCUCAAAUUAA